AGUCAUUUAGCCAUUUUGAAUUUAUCUUGGUAUAGGGUAUAAGAUGUUGAUUUCAACCUAAUUUUUACCAUGCUGUUUUCCAAUUCUCACAGCAGUUUUUGUCAAAUAGUGAGUUCUUGUCCCAAAAGCUGGGAUCUUUGGGUUUAUCGAAACACUAGCUUGCUAAUGUCAUUUACCCCUAGUCUAUUCCUUUGAUCAACCCUUUUAUCCACAGAUCAGCUCUGCCUGGCUUAAUCUUGUCUAUCAGUAUUGCAGAUAAAAAGCCUCCAGAGGACAGGGAAGCUUAAUCUCCAACAUCCCUCCCCCACCUACUGCACUGAGAACCACCUCAAGAAUCCAGCCAACUAAGAUCCCAGGGCAAAGGCUGCAACUGAGACAUGGCAAACUCAAGGCUCUGACUGGGCUGCUGGCAGGGAGGCAGCUGGCAAAAAGGAAGAGAGGAGGAUGAAAGGUAACUCCCCCUUCAGCUAUAACUUAAGCUUCUGCUGCCUGUUGAGGAAGAUCUGACUUCAGGGCUCAUUAACACUCCAUCAGGCUAAUCUAGUCAGUUAGCAGAGCAGAGAAGAAGCCCCUUCAGAGCAUAAUAGCCCAACCCCACAGAUUCAGCAAAGAGCAAGAUUACAGUCAAUGGCAGGGGGGGAAAAGAAGGAAAAAAAUAUGAGCAAACAACAGAAAUAGAAAAAGAAAUUACAAUUGACAGCUUCUAUCCAAGUAAUGAACAAAAAGAAAAUGGAACAGAGGGGGACCAAGGAACACCAAUCAUAAUGUAGGAACUCCAGUGAAUUGGACAUAGGAUUUGGAAGAACUCAAAACAAAAUUCAAAAAACAAUUAUGAGAAGCUGAAGAUACUUGGGAAAGCAACUUAAAAAGCAAAAUAAGUCAUCUGGAAACAGAGGCACAUGAACUAAAAGAAGAAAAUAGUGUCUUGAAAGCCAGAAUUGACUAACUUGAAAACAAGGUAAAGAAAGUGAAUGAUGACCUAUAAUGAAAAAAAGACCAGAAGGAGAAGGAUGACCAAAAUUCCAGGUAUGAAAUCCAAUCUUUAAAAAUUAGAAUCCAACAACUAGAAGCAAAUGACUUCACGAGGCAGCAAGAGUUUAUAAAACAAAAUCAAAAGAAUGAAGAAAUUGAGUAAAAUAUGAAAUAUCUCACUGAUAAAACUAUCGAUCUGGAAAAUACAUCCUGAAGAGGCAAUGUAAGAAUUAUUGGACUACUGGAAAAUCAUGACAAGAGAAAAAGCCUGGACAUCAUUCUACAGGAAAUUCUAAGAAAACUGCCCCAACAUUCUUGAACGAGGGAAAAGUGAAGAUUUAAAGAAUCCACAGAUCACCUCCUUCAUUUAAUCACCAAUUAACAAUGCCCAGGAAUGUUAUAUAUCCAAGUUCAAGAACUAUCAGACCAAGGAAAAAAUACUACAAGCUGCUAAGAAGAAACCAAUCAAAUAUCGUGGAACUACAGUUAAGAUAACAUCGGAUCUGGCUGCAUUCGCUCUGAAGGACUGGAAGGCAUGGAAUAUCAUAUUCCGGGAAGCAAUGUAACUAGAUCUACAACCAAGAAUCAACUACCCAGGAAAACUGACAAUAUUCUUUUAGAGGAAAGUAUGGUCAAUUAAUAAAAUAGAAGCCUUCCAAACAUUCAUAAUGAAAAGACCUGACUGAAACAGAACAUUUGAUGCCCAAACACAGAACUCAAGAGAAUCACCCAAAGGGCUCAAAGCGAAUAUUGAGGUCUCAUGAAAUUGUUCUGCCCCCCAGUGGACAAGUGGAAACUGAUCUUGCACUAACAUUUUCACUACAGUAUCCUCAUUUCUUGAAAAGAGAAGGCAACAAGCUUCAGAUUAUGCUGCAGAGAAGAAAACGAUACAAAAACCGAACUAUUUUGGGCUAUAAAACGUUGGCAGCGGGGUCCAUCAACAUGGCUGAGGUGAUGCAGCACCCAACUGAAGGGGGCCAGGUUCUGAGCCUUUGUAGCAACAUCAAAGAAGUCACUGCUAAAGUAGCUGAAAUAUGGAUCUUCUCUUUGUCUAGUCAGCCAAUAGACCAUGACGACAGCACAAUGCAUUCCAGCCAGAAAAUCAAAUCCACAGAUAACUAUUCUGAAGAAGAAUAUGAGAGUUUUUCUUCAGAGCAGGAAGCCAGUGAUGACGCUGUCCAGGGACAGGAUUUGGACGAUGAUGAGUAUGAUGUGGGGAAACCAAAGAAACAGCGGAGAUCGAUAGUAAGAACGACGUCCAUAACCAGGCAACAAAACUUCAAGCAGAAGGUGGUGGCAUUAUUGCGAAGGUUUAAAGUUUCUGAUGAGGUGCUAGACUCAGAGCAAGACCCAGGAGAGCAUGUUCCAGAAGUUGAAGAGGACUUGGACCUUCUGUAUGAUACUCUAGAUAUAGAGAAUCCAAGUGACAGUGGUCCUGAAAUGGAAGAUGAUGAUAGUGUCCUUAGUACACCUAAACCAAAAUUAAGGCCCUAUUUUGAAGGUUUAUCACACUCCAGUUCUCAAACAGAAAUUGGAAGCAUCCACAGUAUCAGAAGUCAUAAGGAACCACCAAGUCCACAGAUGGACGUGCCUGAAAAGACAAGGAAGCAUCAAGCUGACAGUGUUUCUGACACUAUAUCUUAUAAUCUGCUUCCACAAGAGACUAAUCAGCAAGAAGAUAGCCAGGAAACUGAGCUUUCUACACUGGAUGUGUUCAUUGAGAAGCUUCCACCAAGUGGGAAGAUUACCAAGACAGAGUCUUUGAUUAUUCCUUCUACCAGGUCAGAGGGAAAGCAGACUGGGCGGCGUGGUCGAAGCACUUCACUGAAGGAAAGGCAGCCUGUGAGGCCACAGAAUGAAAGAGCUAACAGUCUGGAUAAUGAGCGCUCACCAGAUACUAGGAACCAUUUGCAGAUCCCAAGAAAAACAGUAUAUGACCAAUUAAAUCAUAUCUUAAUUUCUGAUGACCAGCUACCUGAAAAUAUAAUUCUUGUUAAUACUUCUGACUGGCAAGGACAGUUCCUUUCAGAUGUCUUGCAAAAACACACUCUCCCAGUGGUCUGCACAUGUUCUUCAGCAGAUAUACAGGCAGCUUUCAGUACUAUUGUCUCAAGGAUCCAGAGAUACUGUAACUGCAAUUCUCAGCCACCAAACCCAGUGAAAAUUGCUGUGGCAGGAGCUCAAAACUAUCUCAGUGCUGUAUUGAGGCUUUUUGUUGAACAGUUGUCUCAUAAAACCCCUGACUGGCUUGGCUAUAUGAGGUUCCUGAUCAUCCCAUUAGGCUCUCAUCCAGUGGCUAAAUAUCUUGGUUCCGUCGAUCACCGGUAUAACAACUUCUUCCAGGAUUUGGCCUGGAGGGAUUUGUUCAGUAAACUUGAAGCACAUACUACUGUUCAGGAAACCCCAGAUAUUGUAUCCAGAAUCACACAGUACAUUGCAGGGGCUAACUGUGCCCAUCAGUUACCGAUUGCAGAAGCUAUGUUGACAUAUAAGCAAAAGAGCCCUGAUGAAGAAUCUUCCCAAAAGUUCAUUCCUUUUGUUGGGGUGGUAAAGGUUGGAAUAGUAGAACAAUCUUCAGCAGCCUCAGGUGAUUCAGAUGAUGCAGCUCCCUCUAGUUCCAGUAUUCUUUCCUCUACCCCACCUUCAAUGUCUCCUGCUGCAAAGGAAGCCUCACCUACCCCCCCCUCCUCUCCAUCUGUGACAGGCAGCUUUUCUUCCCCCAGUCAGAGUGCUGGUGUUGAAUUAAUGGGGCUACAAGUAGAUUACUGGAUUGCUGCUCAGCCCGUGGAAAAAAAGAAAGACACAGAAAAGAAAGAUCCUUUCACUGCCAAAAACACACUGAAAUGCACUUUUCGGUCUCUCCAGGUUAGCAGGCUUCCUAGCAGUGGUGAGACAAUAGCCACUCCUACAAUGUCAAUGACUGUUGUAACAAAGGAGAAAAACAAAAAAGUGAUGUUUUUGCCUAAGAAAACAAAAGACAAAGAAAUUGAGUCAAAGAGUCAAUGUAUUGAAGGAAUUAGUAGGUUGAUUUGCACUGCAAAACAUCAGCAGAACAUGCUACGGGUUCUCAUUGAUGGAGUAGAAUGGAAUGACGUCAAGUUCUUUCAGUUGGCGGCACAGUGGUCUUCCCAUGUCAAGCAUUUCCCUAUCUGCAUCUUUGGACAUUCUAAAUUCAAUUUCUAGAUUCCUGAAAGAAGGUGAACAAACAAGGAAAAAGUGAGAGAUAAUCAUUCUUACUGGAACUGUCAAGUGCUGCCGUUUGCUGACUGAAAGCCCCUCUGCUUUCUAACCUACAGAUGAUGGACUACUGUACUGGAAUGAUUUAUGAAUUACUUUUUUAUUAAUAUUUCAGUUUACUACAAGGGACAUACCUUUAAAAACAAAGAAAAACAGUCUUAAGUAUGAAUGUACUUAUAACCUAAAAAUUAAUUGGAACAACUCCCAAGCUGGAGAGCAAAGUAACUGCACUGCUUAUUAACAUUAAGUAUAUUUGAGGGAGGAUUUGGGGGAAAGAAGGUAAGGGCAAGAUUAAGAUUUGAGACUCUCAUUUAGGAAUUUUUUUGUUGGUGGUGGGAAAGGAAACACUGGGGGAAAAAAAAGAUAUGCAACUUGAGGUUUCCAGGUGGUUCCUCUCCACCCAAAACUUCAGAAGCAGGAAAUAUUUUCUUGCUCUUCACCAUCUUUUCCAUAGGGAACACAAGAUCUGAAGAUUUCUCAAGUAGUAGUAGUAAAAAAGGGUAAGUCACUUGCAUCGAGAUUCCAUCAGGUCUACACAAACUGGGGACCACUCAGCUCACUACAUCUCAAAGGGGGUAGAAGGUAGAAGAAAAGGAGUCUCCCAGAUAAGAAGUUGAGUGAUAAUUGCCCAGGUGACUCAUAGUCAAGAAGGAACUUGACUUAGUGCUCCUACCUGGUGUAAAUCCCAAAGGCAAGAGAUUCAAGGACAAUGCCACUCCAAAUGCAAAUGACUCAUGUUCCUCCUGCUGCCAGGAAGCUGCUGCCAGUGCUUGGUGGUCAGCAGUCUUGCUGCUAUUCUUUAGAGUUUUCACCAACUCAUUCUUUUCAAUAAAACCUCCAGCCUCAUUAAAAAAAACUUAUAUUUUAUAGUAGCAGAUUUUUUUAAUGCUUUUAAUUAUGUGUAUUAUAAUUUAGUUUCCAAAAAAGGAAUGUUUCUGUUCUUAAGCCUCAGCAUUACUUUGGUGACCAGUAACUGAGCCAACUAUGAUCUGUAGGUCAUACUUCUGCAUCCUCAUAGUUGGAGUAAAACCAGGCACAUUAACAUCUAAAUCC